GCAUGUUUUGACCGGCACUUCAAAAUUACUAUCAAAAUUUCUUGUGAAUUUUCAACAAGACAGGGCAGGUUAACGUGCUUUGGGCGUUGCUAAAUCAGUUCAGUUCUUGCUCGUAUCAAAACUGUGGAAAUAUUUCGCUUUUACGGUUUCUACCUGACCAGGGAGGGGUUUUAUAAUAUAUUUACGACAGCGAGCCGAACCCUUCCUGUCAAAACAGAACAUCAUAAACUGGUCAUUUACUAUCAGACAUCGCACCGACAGGGAAGUAAUAUCGCUGCAGGAAUAAACAAAUAUUCACGAGACGAGUUAAGCGAGGAACUGGAACGAUUCUAUGUCGAUCAGGAAUGGUUUGAACUAUGAUAUGUGCUCGUUUAUACAGAAUUUUGCUCGAAUAUGCUUGUAAAUAAACCUGACGAAUGGGUUCGGAUUGCUUUGCAAAGAUUUCAAGUUCAGGUAUAUAAUUUAAAUGUGAUUUAGCACCCUAAAUUUACAAAAUGAAAGUGAUAUAUGUCCUAUCAUGACCACUCAUAAUAUCGAUAAGUAUAUUCUCUACAAGAAUUACAUGAUAUACUAUGUUCGUAUCGCUAAACGUUCAGGUAUAUUUCAUGGCUAAUUUUUUUUCUAUAUACUGAUGGGAAUAUAUAAAGAUAUAGUUUAUAGUUUUCUCGACCCUCAAUGUUAAUUUUUUCGCUAAUAACCUUUUGCUAUAAGCUCUGUCAGUGAUUAACUAUGAAUGUAACAGAUUAGCUAUUAGGUAUUGAAAUCUGUCAAGUGCUGCUAUUUUAACGAAGGGGGAAAUAUUAAAGUACUGCUUUUUGAAUAUCAUGUAGGGCAGUCGGGUAACAAAGCUAAGUCUUUGUUUAUUAUUUCGGAUUUGUGGUUGUAAAUGAGCUAAUUUUGGUUAAUUGUGAAGGCUCAUGAAAUAAUCAACAUGUUUGAGAUUCUAAAUUUGUGGCUGGUUAAUAAUUAAUAGUGUGCAUUUUAUCAUGAGUCUAUUGCUCAAAAACAUUUGCAUUGUGAAUUAGUCCUGAUGCAUUAAAUACACGGAUUAGAAUUCUGGUAAUCUUAAUCAGGAUAUCCCUUAUUCUUCUGGAAUAACCAGGGAAUAGUAUCCAAGGGUCCAAGUAUAACCAUGCUCGCCCGUUAUCUUAUCAAAAGCGUCAUUAUCAACUGUUACUUAAGAGUUACUAGUGUUACUACAGGAGGAAAUUGAAGUGCCCUGAGUCUGAUGUUUGAGACAAUUGACAUAAUGCACUUAAACCACCGCCCUACAGGUUGCAAAAAUUCAACAUUUUUUUGCUUUGUACUUCACGUGUACUCAUAGAUUAUUACUGUGUACUUGAGGUGGUAAAAAUGUGAGACUCAAUGUGUACUUAGUCUUUAAGACAACAUACUCAACAUACAGUUUUUAACAUAGUGCAAGGAGUUACAAAGUAGUACAAUUUGCAUGAAAUACAAAUGCAUACAAUUGACUCCAUUACAUUCCUUUAUAGUCUCAUUUUUUCUGAUCAGUUAAGACAUGUAGAUCAGUUUACACAUAUAGCUACGUAAUUAUGGUUUUGAAUUCCUUGAAAGGUUUGCUGAUUGUAUGAUACCGUAUUUAAUUUAAUUAUAAGUUUAAAAAGGAAAUAAAAUAUAUUAUAAUAUAUGGACAAUAAAAAAUAUGUGACUCCCACAUACAUACCUGAGUGGUACUUGGUUGGAAACAAAGAAAUACCAGACCAUAAUAUUGGCAGACCUCCAGUAUGUACGUGCAAUCAUGCCCUGCCCUACCAACAGCUCAUUGUUAACCCAUUGAGUGGCAGCACUCUACCCUUGACAAGUACAAUUGUCCAGCAUUAGACAGAGUAAAAUAAUAAAGAAGGGUGCAUCUGGGCACAUUGCCACUUGAAGGGUUAACAGGAUGCAUGGGCAGAUAGUUCAACCCGUUGCGUAGCAAUGCUCUCUCCCCUUGAUGAGUAAAAUUGUUUGGCAUUAGACAUGAUAAAAUAAUAAAGAAGGGCACAUAUGGGUUAAAUAAGUUGUUAAAUGCUGGAUAACAGCAAGUUGCAUUUAAUUUGGAAGACAUUGUUUUAAACAUUUCUCAAAACUUCAUUGUCUAGCUUCCGCAUGAAAGAACACCUGAGCACAAUGAAUCAAAAGAAAGUAUUGAGAAAAUCCAGGAGACGCUCAUCACUCUUAGUGAACAGAGAUUUCCACUGGUCAUGCAAGGAUUGUCUAAAUUGAUCAAGGAACCUGCUUUUAUUGUAAGUAUACUAGUCUUGCACAUGGUAACUGGUGCCGUCCUUUGAAUAAUAUUUACAGCAUUUAAACCUGACAACUUUCCAUGUCAUUUGAAAGCAUUAACCUAGCUAUUAAUUAAAUUAAAUUCUCCUUCUUAAUUUUAAAUGCAGUUAAAUGCAAUUUAACUAAGUUAACAACAAAGAGCGCAGUUAGUGUGUUGUUUAGUAUGGUCAGUGAUUUCUGGCAUACCAGCAUGCGCAUGGCGAUAGUAGGUCAGCGGCUGUUAGUGUUUGAGCAUGCGCAAACAACAGGCAAGCAUUGUUCGGAAAUCCUUCUAGACUUGGGUGCUUAUUAUGUGACAGGUUCUUGGGCCUGGUGUGGGGGCUCAUGGCUGGGUUGCAGGGAACUGCAAGCCAUGAGAGUGGUAUGUUUGUCUGGGGGCUGGCUUUGGAAGUGGAUUAAGCCCCUGGAUGACCCAGGCACCCAUUAUCCACAAGCGAUACAGUUGUUAAUAAUCUUUUAUUCUGUUUGACACCUGGUCAUUUUACUUGACAAAGUAGUACCCAAUCAAGUUAACUAAAGUUACUUUCCUUGCCCUGGCCAGAACCACACCCUCUUGCUUUUACAUAACCCACUGAGUGGCAGCACUCUGCCCUGUGAUGAGUAAAAUCAUCAGAUCAUCAGGCAUAAGACAGAUAAAAUAAUAAAGAAGGGCACAUUGAUCAGGGCAUAUUGCCACUUAAAGAAUUAAUUUUACACUUGUCUCUCUAACGCAAGAUGGUAUUACUCAUAAGAGAAGAUGUUUGCAAAUUAAUGUAUUAGUAACAACUGCGUUACCGGUAUGUGAAAUAUUCUCUUAAUUUGAAGUCAUCAGUUUCACAGUAAGUGUCUAUUGUUUACUUUUAGAACUCAUUUUCAUCAAAUAAAAAGGACAAAAUUGGAGAAUCCAAUGUUAUCGUACUCAGCACCAUAGAAAAAUGCCUUUGCAAAGUAAGUUUUCUUUUGAUUUUUACUUGAUUAUUAAAGUUUUAGAAUAUAAAAUUGUGAUAAAAAAUAUAAAUUACGGUUAUUAAUUCUGGUUGAAGAGUAUUAAAUUAUUUGAAAUGUAUAUAUAUUAGUAUCCAGAACAAUGUUCCCGCCUUGAAGACGACGUCUUAUCAAAUCUUCUACCAAGUAUAAUACAGGUAAGAACAAGGCAAUGAUUGUUUACCCUCAUGUCUUACAGUUAGAGUGCAAUGGGGUGUACUACCUCAGUACCUCUGAGAUCUCAGGGCCACCCUUCCCUCUGAAGAAGAUAUAACAUGAACCAAAGUUUAUCAAUUGUAGUGCUCUGAUCCCCCCAAGAAACCCCUCUUUCUAUACAUGCCAGUUGAUGCACCCCCCAGCCUUGUUCAUGGAUGUCAGUUCAUUCAAUAACUUCAUUUCUUUCUUUUUAUUGCAGUAUGUUUUACAAACAUUUGAUUUUCCUCACGCCCCUGAAGUUCAGAAGAUGGCUGCAAAAAUCGUCUCUCACAUCAGCUCAUUUCAUUUCUCUGCAAUAUUCAAUAAAGUUUCCUUCAGGUAUUUAUUUGAAGAAGAAUUAUUUUUACUCAAUAAUUGUCUUGGAAAAUGCCCUCCCUACAAUUACAGCAAGGAAAUCUGUGCGGUGUUUGGCAGAGUCAAACUGGAAGCACUCUUCUCACAUUGAGAUACUGUAAUCAAACAAAUGCAUAUUGCAGGAAUCAACCCUAGUUGAUAACAGUGUAGAUCACUGAUUAGGCUUCCUGUUUAAAUAUUACAUAAUAAUAAUAAACUCUGCAUGGUAGUAAUAUUGAAAGGCACAUCAGUACAGUAACCACAGUGGUGUUGUUGUCAAAGCAAGCAUUGUCUCUUCUCUCGCUUCUUGCUUCUCUCGCUUCUUGCUUCUCUCGCUAUGGACUCAUGUGAAAAGAGUCAGUCAACGCUCCGCCGAAAGACGUGGGUUUUCUCCGAAAGUUGAUAGGGUGGGUUAGGAUAAACACAGUUUAGAAAGUAAUAUCACAAUUGUUAUAAAGAUAAAAUAGUCUAGGCUAAGUAAUUCAUUAGGAAAGCGUAAUACUUGAUGUAAAGUGCAUUUGAUCAUACCCAACAUGUAAAUAUGCGCUAUAGAAAUGUUAAUUGUAAUUGCUCUGCCAACCACCCCAAUCUAAGGCAAUCUCCUGUUCCAGACUACAUCAACUAUCAAGUGUCGACGAUGGCAACAACGACGUGAACUACCUCAUUUUAAUACGAUAUCUUAAACUUACAUCGUCUUCACUUAUGAUCUUGUUGGAAGGUAAAUGAAUUUCUUGCGUUGAAUUUUAGGAAGAUUAAAAAGCUAAAAUACCAGAACAGUUACUUGUGAAUUGUGUUUUAUUUAGAAUGCCUUGAUACAUUUAAAUCCCUAAAGAAACCCGCCAAGUUGGCGUUGAUAUCCUCGUUAGAAAAGGUACGUUUCCUUGCCCUUGAUUUGAUAACUAUAUAGCAUGCACAUUCUUGAUUAGUUUCAGUUUGUGUCCUGUUAAAUAUCGCUUAUGGCUAGACUGUACCAGCAGUUAUUAUAGCAUGGCCUGAAGCCUUGGUCAAACUAGGAUGAAAGAAAGAUUUGAUGGGUGUUCCAACUAUGUUUUAACUUCAAUAGAAUACAUGAUAGUGUUGGGAAAGCAUUAAGAACAGCUAACCAAUUACCAAAGUCGCAUGACAACUCUCAUGCACCCUAGUUCUCGUUUCAUCCGGACUUCAAUAUAGUAGUAAAGUAUGGAAGGAAAGAGUUUGAUAAUCAAAGAAAGCGAAAAUUAAGCGUAUUGGAAUUUGGAAAGCAUAAAUGACCCCAACAAAGAGUUUGAGGGUAGAAAAGAAGUGCCUGAAUGAGGCAACAUCGGGGGUUGUAUACCGUGGCAAUAAUUUGCGCGUUCUUUCUUCAGGCAAUAUGGAACUGGAUUAAACAUAAUGCUGAAGAAUUUGCAAAAUUUCAAAGAUCACCUCCGAAAAAACUCUCCGGUAAAACACGACGACAUUCUUCUGAAUAUUGUAAUCUUUGGUGUUUUUAUCUUCAAGAUAGUAAACGAUGGCGAUGUUUUACUUUUUCAGAGCUAUGUGACAACCUUUUCGAAAUCUUGGUUUCUUUUGCCGAGAGUACAAAACGUAAAGCUGCCGUGUGGCCUUUGCAAAUCAUGCUGUUGAUGCUCAGUCCGGUAAGUAGCAUUGGGAAUAUUCACAGGUACCUGAAACUGAUGUGAAAUAAUUAUAAUCAGAAUAGAGGUGAAAAUCUUAUACACUAACCCACACUCCCUCAGCGUACCUGCAAACCUCGUCAAAGUACCACCCUAAAAUAGUAAGGCGGAAGCGAAAUGACGAGGAACUAAAGUCGGUUUUCCACAUUGGUUUUCCAUGACUAGCGAAUUUUUUCGCGCGAAGCGACCUUUUUCCUUUGUCGGCAUCCAUUUUGCCACGUCUUGCUGACGUAAUAAGUGAUACCGACAAAGGAAAAAGGUUGCUUGAUAGGGGAUUCGAGGUACCUAGGAUUUUAAUGUCCUUAUCCGAGAAGACGCGAAAGUCUAACCAUUUACUGAUGUCAAUGUAAAGGUAGCUCUUUCUCCUCAAUUAUUUUAAGACCUUGAGUAGAGGUCCGACCAAGGACUGAACCCCGCUCUCCCAGCUUGAAAGACAAGCGUGACGACACCACAAGUGCUGGUAUAUAGAGAGCACGAAACGUGAGGAUAUUACUUUCGUGUUGCCUUGCUAAAACAGACGAACAUGCAUGGAAACGAGGCCAUUGAAAGAAGAAUGUAAUAAAUAGUAAGGUCAAUUUAUUUUAUUUCAGGACACAUUAGCGGCAGUUGCACCAGGCUUGAAACAGCAAGACGCGCAUCUUGAAGUGAAGGUAAUGUUGUUUUACUUCACGUUUACAUCGAUAAUGAUUUCUUAAUAUGAUUGCGGGUCAGUCGUCAGAGGAAACGCCUUUCACUUCUGAGUUCGUGGGUUCGAAUCUCGCUACGGACUCGUGUGAAAAGAAUCUGUCAACGCUCUGCCGAAAGUCGUGGGUUUUCUCCGGCCCGUGCUCUGGUUUCCUCCCACAGGGAAAGUUGACAGGGUGGGUUAGGAUAAACACAGUUAAGAAAAGUAAUAUCACAAUGGACCAUUCCCCAAUUAACCAAAAUUUUGAUCUCAACAAGUCUAGACAAAAUUUCAUCACAGCAUGAAAGAGCAUCACAAAAUUAGUAAUAUUCCAAAGUUUCGUUGCGAAAUGUUGUAAAAUGCGGAUAAUAUAGCCUUGCGAAGUUUAUAAUUUUCAGUCAUUUUGUAAUACGCACAGAAGUGGUAACCAUUUCCCAUUUGUAAUCUAAAAUGACUGAAAAUUGCAAACUUCGCAAGGCUAUAUCAUCCGCAUUUUACAACAUUUCGCAACGAAACUUUGGAAUAUUACUAAUUUUGUGAUGCUCUUUCAAGCUGUGAUGAAAUUUUUGUCUAGACUUGUUGAGUACAAAAUUUUGGUUAAUUGGGGAAUGGUCCAUUGUUGUAAAGAUAAAAUAGUCUAGGCUAAGUAUGUAAUUAGGUAAUCGUAUAAUACUUGAUGUAAAGCGCGUUUGAUCAUUUCAACAUGUAAAUAUGCGCUGUAGAAAUGCGAAUCGUAAUUGUAUGGACAAACGAGAGUGGGAGUUGACGACAGUUGAGAAGCGAGAGUUUGCAUAAGAGUUUUCACAUAGAAAGCCCAAGAUUAUGAUUCGUUUGCGAUUUUGUAUUUAUUCAAUAUUCAUCGACCGUUUCUUCUGACAGCGAGAGUUUCUCGAGAAUUUGAAGACGGCGCUGACCAGCGCGAAGGCUCUCACAGAAAGUUCCGCUAUUGCUUGCGUCAAGUUGUGUAAAUGUUCGACAUAUAUGAAACCCGAGGAUAAUUCUGUACUUUGCUUUCUCGUCGUCACUGUCAUGAACGAACUCAAGGUACGUAUAUGAAGAAUAGAGAGGUUAAGAUACCCCGGUUUCGGUGUACGGGUACGAGUAGUGUCAUCUUGUUUUACUGAUGUCUGUAAUUCGAUCAUACCUUUUCUGUUUUCUUGCAAUAGACAAUGAUAUAAUGCGAAAAAUGUGCACCUUAAUUACGAGUAAAGCUACAGACAUCGACGAAAAUAUUGCUAACCAAAAUCAUGCUACUCGUACCCGCACACCGAAACCGGGGUAUCUUAACCUCUCUGAUAUCAGAAACAUACACUAGUAUGACGGAGCUUCGGUGGCGAAGUGGUUAGCAUGAGGACUUUCCCAAUGCGACUCGAACCCAGUCCUCAUGUGAAAAGAGUAAAAGUCAACGCUCUGCCGAAAGUCGUGGGUUUUCCCCGGGUACCCCGGUUUCCUCCCACAGGGAAAGUUGACAGGGUGGGUUAGGUAAAAAGGGCCCACAGUAAUUGACAUAUGCUGUUGUGGUGACCCUACCCUAGUUGGCAAAGCUAAAGAAAGAAAGAAAUAAAUAAAGUAUGUCAAUAUAUGAUGGUCUGGAAGCUAAACACAAGUCAUGGUGUUAUGUUUUGUCUGAGUUUAUGUUAAUUUGUGUACGCGGUCAAUGUGAUUGUGCUCAGAUAAUCCCUAGUUACUGUACGUUAACUUUAUUCUUUGGUUUUUAGGCGCUUCUCUUCAACAUCUGUAAACCAUUCACCAUGAUAUCACAGAGCACGAUUCCAGUUGAAACAUUGAUGGUCGAUUGUUUCGUCUCCAGUUUUCGAUUAAAUUAUCGCAACAGCCAACCUUUUGCCGACUGUUUGUUACCCACAGCCCCUGUUUUAUUCAGUGUUGUUUAUGUCAAAGGAUUGUACACUAUAGUCAGACAGGUAGAGCUUGCUUUAAAAAUCAUUAUAUAUUUAACAAAUAUAAAACAUUUUCCGUGUUGAUAUCGUGCUUAAAAGACGACCCAUCUUAUGAGUUCAUUGGGGAAGUAAUUUGUUUUUUAAAUAAACAUUAUAAACAUUGUCUAAGCCGAGAAAAUCAAAACUGAAGUUUAUGUAAAUCAGACAAAUCUUUAUCCGAUUUACAAACAUGAAUUAUUAAUUGUUUUUUAUAAAUUAUUAGAAACCACUUUACUGGUGGCCGACGCUGAAAGUGAUGUACUCCAAAGCCGAGUCUAUUCGCAAUUUAUUCGAGGUAUACAUAAACAUAAAACAACUGGUGCAAUUUGAAAUCGAUAGAUUAUUGAACUCGUCAUUACAUUUCUUGUAGAGAACGUUAGAGAAAUUUCGCGGCCUAGAAAACAGUCAUGGUGCUUCGAGAAUGAGCGUGGUUAGUCUUUCUUAAAUCUUGAAACACUUUCCAAGUAUAAAUAGUUUACGUUAAAUUUAAAGGGUUUUUCAUUUGGUGGUAUACUAAACGGUUGUCAUUGUUGAUAUUUCUCGCAGCUUUACAAAGGAAAGGAAAAGCGAAGCAAGGAGGAAGAAGUAGGGGCGUUGAAAGCCGAGAAGGAACUUCUACUUUGGCUUGUUCGUCUCUUCAGAAUGGAGCCUGCGUUCGCUUUUUCCGUGAGUAUACGCUGUUCGAACCAUAUAGUCAAUAGAAUAAGAAGGUCAGGGAACUCGAUGCAGAUAUAAUAGACAUCAUUAUCUUUGUCUUGGUUUAUGCAAGAAAUGGACGGUUCGUGGCGACGUGUGUUGUAUUUUCGCUAGAGCAACCAAUAGGUUUUCAUUUAACCAUUCAUCAGUAGAUAGGAAUAUAUCCAUUUCCCAAUGCUACAAUGACUUUGUACAUAAAUAUCUACGAUGUUAUUUUAUGUGAACUUGUCUACAGGAAUGA